AUGAGCGUGCCUCGAUCCCCCCCGACGGCCGACUCAUACCAGCAGGGCAGCAUCAGGAUGAUCCUGGAGAACGCAGACCUCUGGAAGUCCUUCGACCAGAUCGGAACAGAGAUGAUCAUCACAAAGCAUGGGAGGAGAGUGUUCCCCCACUGCAGCGUCAGCCUGACCGGGCUCCAGCCUUUUGCCAAUUACAUCGUCAUGAUGGACAUGGUUCCUGUAGACAGCUUCAAAUACAAGUGGAAAAAGGAUCAGUGGGAGGUCGCAGGCAAGGCCGAGCCCCAGCCCCCGUGUCGGACCUUCAUGCACCCAGACUCCCCGGCCACAGGAAGUCACUGGAUGAAGCAGUCGCUGUCUUUCCUCAAGGUGAAGCUCACCAACAACACCUUGGACCAGCACGGCCACAUCAUCCUGCACUCGAUGCAUCGCUACUUCCCCAGGUUCCAUGUGAUACAAGCAGACAGUCCCUACACCGUCCGCUGGGGACCCUUCCAGACCUUCUCCUUCCCUGAGACCAGCUUCACUUCAGUGACGGCUUACCAAAACCCAAAGAUCACCAAAUUGAAGAUUGACCACAACCCUUUCGCAAAGGGCUUCAGAGAGGGAGGCACCCACUCCCACGGGAAAAGGUGUCGGAAUGGAAGCCCUCCUGCAAAGAGACACACGCUGGACAGGAAGAGUCUUUGUAGAACAUCUCCAGACCUGCAGAGGAUGCCCUCCACCUCUCAGUCGGUGCAGGAGAAGGAUGAGGCCUCCGUGCAGCCCUCACUGAAGGGGGGUCACCUCCCGGCCUGGGCGGGGGAGCAGGACCCGUCGGAGAGGCUCCACGCUGAGCCCCUGGAGCUGCACGAGUACGACUACAGCUGCGAAGAACAGAUGGUGCCUGCGUCCGUGGCCCACCAGCACUACAGAUCUGUGGAGUUCGCCAGAUUCCCCUUCCCGUCCAACGAUGUAGAUCCAGCGCACCCCCACGUCCACCCCCCUCCUCACACACUCUCCACAGCGGAGCACGGAGCCCAGCCACCACACACCUACCACCACCACCAUCAGCACCACCAUCACCACGGCAACACAGCGGACUGGAGCCAGUACCCUCUCUUCUCGUACUCCUGUUGGUGA